CGCUCCAGUGCGUGCAUCCACCCAUCCACCCUCUCGGCGCUCGGCUCCCUCGGCAGCUCCAGCCCUCCCCGUCCCCCGCCAUUUCAGACCGGGACGGAAAGGAACGCAGAGCGGCCGCCGCGGCGGGGCGGGCAAGGGAGGUGCCAGCGUGCUCCCGCGGCAGCGCCAGGCAGGGAGGGAGUUGCUUUCCGGUAAUAGUAAAGGAACGUGAAACUGAAUGAGAACGCACCAACGGCAUCCUCAUUAGCCGGAGCCCGACUCUGCUUAAUGUUGGUUUCUUUGUCAUCAGGUCUGCUAAAAAAUGACAGAAUAUAAACUUGUUGUCGUUGGAGCUGGUGGUGUAGGCAAGAGCGCCUUGACAAUACAGCUAAUUCAGAAUCACUUUGUGGAUGAAUAUGACCCUACAAUAGAGGAUUCCUACCGGAAGCAAGUAGUAAUUGAUGGAGAAACUUGUCUCUUGGAUAUUCUUGAUACAGCAGGUCAAGAAGAAUACAGUGCAAUGAGGGACCAAUAUAUGAGAACAGGGGAAGGCUUCUUGUGUGUAUUUGCUAUAAACAAUACAAAGUCUUUUGAAGAUAUUCACCAUUAUAGGGAACAAAUAAAGAGAGUUAAAGACUCUGAAGAUGUCCCAAUGGUGCUAGUAGGAAACAAAUGUGAUUUGCCUUCCAGAACAGUAGAUACAAAACAAGCUCAGGAUUUAGCAAGAAGUUAUGGAAUUCCUUUCAUUGAAACAUCAGCAAAAACAAGACAGAGAGUGGAGGAUGCUUUUUAUACAUUGGUACGAGAGAUUCGGCAGUACAGAAUGAAAAAAGUCAGCAAAGAAGAAAAGACUCCAGGGUGCGUGAAAAUUAAAAAAUGCCUUAUAAUGGGUGUUGAUGAUGCCUUCUAUACAUUAGUUCGAGAAAUCAGAAAACACAAAGAGAAGAUGAGCAAAGAUGGUAAAAAGAAGAAAAAGAAGACAAAGACAAAGUGUAUAAUUAUGUAAAUACAGUUUAUCCUUAUUCUUAAGAAGUACUUAAGUAAUUUUUGUACAUUACACUAAAUUAUUAGCAUUUGGUUUAGCAUUACUUUACUUUCUGCUUCAUGAUCCUGUUAGCUUUACCUGAAUGCUUGUUUUAAAUGACAGUGGAAACUUCAUUCCUCUUAAAGUGCCAGUAUUCUUUGACUGUUGGUUCUUGAACUAGCAAUGCCUGUGAAACAAAAAAAAAAAACAAAAACAAAAAAAAACCACACAAAAACCUGAGAACUGUCUUGGGACUCUUCGGUGCAUGCACAGUUGCUAACUUCUUAUUUUUCUUACUGAUUGUGAACUUCUGUUCUGUGUGCAAA